AUGCUUGGCGAAGUCGACCUUUCUGGUAACUCCGCCCUCCAGCGUUUCGCGGCUCUCGCGGCGGAAGAAGCGGACAGAGCGCGAGGCACGCCGCAUUCCUCCAUCGCCGCUGCCGCCGCCGCCGCUGCCGCCGUCACGAUAAUUUCGGACGUUAGAUCGUUCCCGGUAAUCCCGGAGGAGCCGUCGAGUUCGAGAACUCAGUCGCAGCAGCACGAAGAGCACGGGUUAGGGAAAUCGCAGACGCGCAAUGAGGGAGCAGGAGCAUCAGGAGGAUCAUACCAGGAGCAAAAAGCUUUAGGUUUUGGUCCGUCAGGUCCCGCUAUUCCUCCUGCUGUUCCUCCUGUUCCUGGUUCUGCUGCUGCUGCUGCUGCUGCUGCUGCUGCUGCUGCGUCCUCUGCGUCAGUUCAUCCGUUACACGGCGUCGUGACUGUUCCGGACAUUCCGCUUCUUUUGCUGCGGCUGAUCGAUGCAGCGGCUCACGAGGACCACCCGAAGGCGCUAACGAAACUUCGCCGAAUUGCAGCUGGGUUGGAUACUUUGGAGAGCUUUACAAAAGGGAGGCGCGGGGAGGGGAAGGCGGGGGACGCCGAAGAGAAGACAGAAGGGGAAGAGGCCAAAGGGGUGGAUACCCAAGGGGAUGAAACCAAAGGCGAAGGUGUCUCUGGGGAGAAGGAGGAAGAUGCAGAAGAGAAGAAUGAUGCUCCGGGCCACGGUGACGAAUCUGGAAAAGGCGAGGAAGCGAAGGAGAACGACGCAAGCGAACCAGGAGGCAACGGGGAAGCCGCGGUGACACAGACCAGGGAGGAGUUAGGAACGCUAGGGUCGUUAGGGAAGGAGGAAACCUCGAGGUUGAUUGUUGAGACUCUAUUGGCGAUCAUGGGGGGUAGGCACGAGGAGGAGGAGAUGGGCCAGGCUGGGUCAGGCAAAGGGGAGGGCGGAGAAGGAAUGGGAAGCAGAAGCAGCGGCAAGAGAAGCAGCAGCAUGGGUGGCAGUAUGGGCAGCAGUGGUGGGCAGGGGUGGAUGAAGGGAGGAGGGCCUGUGAUCAUGCUCACUCCCGAAGCUGCCAGGCUCGGCGCGUGGCUGCUGCCAUGGCUGCCGUGCCACGAGCCUGCUGCUCACACUCCAGACGCUGAAACCGAACCUGCAGCUGAGAAGGCUGAGAAUGCAGAGACAGUUGAUAAUUCUGAGACUGCUGAGAAUGCAGAGACAGUUGAUAAUUCUGAGACUGCUGAGAAUGCUGAGAAUGCAGAGACAGCUGAUAAGCCUGAAACUGCUGAGAACGCGCAAUCUCAGGCGAUCCAGUCAGCUUCAGAUGGCGACGAUCCUGCCACGUCAGCUGCUGCUGAGUCAUCACCCUCUGUUGACUCCCCCGCUGCCGACCCCUCAUCGACUGACUCCCCAGAUCCAGCUGCAGUCCCUUCCGUUAUAAUCACAAGCAGCACUGCCAAAGCUGCCACUCAGCCCGCCCCAGAGCCACCAGCUAGAGCAAAACCCGGUGCUGGUCAGUUGCAAGUGUCUCCUCGCACGCGCAUGGCACGGGGCAUAGCCCGCGUGCUGCUCUCCUGCACGCGCAACCGCGCCCUGUGCGCCUCAAUGGGGCUCGUGAGGGCGCUGCUGGCCGCUCUGAGGGGGAUUCUCCUGGGAGGGGUGGACUCGCAGGGACUGCCGCCUGCUGCUGCUACUGCUGACGCGCUGUUGCUGCCAGGGAGGAGUGGCAUCAGCUCGAAGAAUAACGACCGUUCUAGCAGCACGAGCGCAGGUGCAGAUGAGACAGGGUGUGAGGGUGAAUCAACUCCAGUGACGCCAUUGUUUGGAGUGGCAGAUGAAGCAGCGUGGGACUGCUCCCCUCUGGUGACGGCGCUGGAGUGUCUAGCAGCACACUCUCUCAACGUUGCUGAGCUGCAGGACUGGGUCCGAUCCACCGAGGCUCUUAUCCUCCCUGCUGCUGCCCCACCUGCUGCUGCUAAUGCUGCUGUUUCUGCUGCUACGGCUGCUGAUUCAGCUGCUGCUGACGCUCAAGAUGGUCCCAGCAGCAGAAGUGGCCUAGCUGGUAGCAGUCGUGCUGCUCUCUUAUUGACAGCAUUGGAGCGUGCCAUGGCUGGGGAGGAGGCUCGGGGGCCGUCCCAUUCCUUCGAGCUGGACGGCCGAACCUCCGGGCUGCUAGGUCCGGGCGACAGCAAGUGGCCCUUUAGUAACGGUUACGCCGUCGCCACGUGGCUGUACGUCGAAUCGUUUGUCGACACGUCAGCAUCGGCGAUCACCGCAGCAGCCAAAGCAGCAGCCAUUGCAGCAGCAAUCACGGCAAAGGGAGGAGGGAAAGGGUCCGCUCAGGUGACUGCUGCUCAGAUCGCUGCUGCUGUAGCAGCCGCUAACUCCAAUAUCCUCCAUUUGCCACGCCUCUACAGCUUCUUAACCAUCGAGAACCACGGAAUAGAGGCCUAUUUCCACAAAGACACCCUCGUUGUGGAGUCUAAUUGCCCUUGGACCGGCAUCCGAAACGCGGUUCGCACCAACCCCCCUUCCGGACUGCUCUUGAACUCCUCUCAGAAACAGACAGGACCCGCCGCCCAUCAUCACCAGCAGCAGCGGCAGCAGCGGCUACAGUGCCCCCUGUUCGCCGAGCUCGGCCCGGUCUACAUCUUCAAGGAGCCAAUCGGAAGCGAGAGAAUCGCCAGGCUGGCAGUGCGUGGGGGGGACCACCUGCCUGUGUUUGGGGCGGGUGCGGGGGCGCCAGCUCACAUGGGGAGUGAGCUGAUGAUGAGGAAAGCUGAGGAGUCAUGCAGUCUAGAUGUGGACCUCGCACCCAGUAUCCACCUCCUGUACCACCCCAAGAUGCUUCUGGGAAGUCAGUCUCUCUCUGGUGCCUUUCAAACAGCUUUUGAGUCGUCUGAGGAAAAGAACCCGUUUCAUGUCUUUGAUGCGUGCAGAGGAGGCCAGCAGAAGUGGUGGGGCAGGUGCAUGUGGCAGCGAGGCGGCGAGGGUGGGCAUGGCUCAUACAAGCAUUCAGCUUGGUAUCACCGUCUCAAACCUCUGCACCCCACCUUCCAUCCCCGCCUGUUCCCACCAGGCGUGCAGAGGAGGCCAGCAGAGGUGGUGGGGCAGGUGCAUGUGGCAGCGAGGCGGCGAGCGGCCGAUGCUCUCUGGGCUGCAGCAGAGGGCGGGCCCGUGGCGCUGCUGCCCCUCUGCGUAGAGGCUCUGGAUUUGCACUCCAUGGGACCGCAGUCGACUCAAAUGCUGCCCCUCUGCACUGAAGCCGUGGAUAUCCACACCAUGGCACCGCAGGUUCGCUCGCCUCCUCUCUCCCUCUCCGCCUCUCAGCUCCUUCCCAACGCCCUCCGCAUCAUCGCCCGCUCCCUCCGCCGCCCGAUGAACCGAGAAGAACUCAAGGGACCCGCCCCCGCGCUCCUUUCCCACCUCCUCCACUUCGUCCUCUCCUCGCCACCCACUCUUAACGAAUCAGCUUCUAACGAAUCAGCAGCUGAAGAUACUAGUGGAUCUAUUGACAGCUCCAAGGAACAUUCAAUGGAGAAGAGUCGAGAGCGAGAGCGAGAUAGGGACAAAGAGCUGGUCCACGCGUGCAUGCUCCUGGCCCACAUGCCCCGCCCUGGCGACCACCUGAAAAACCACCUGAUGGAGCACCUGCUGCUGCACCUGCCUCUGUGGGCGCCCUCCCACCUGAGCACGCAGAGGGCCCUGCUUGCAGCCGUAGGGGACGCGGUCUCUCUGGAGCUGCAGGCGCUGCAAUCAGUGGGAGCUGUGUCGGUACACAAGGUUGGAGACAAGGGGCAAUUUAGAAAGAGGGAGAGGGUUGCAGCCGUAGGGGAUGCGGUGUCCCUGGAGCUGCAGGCGCUACAAUCAGUGGUUGCUGUCUCAGUAAGAGAAGGUUGGAGUCAAGUCAAGGGGUAA